AUGUCAGUGAGGAAAAGAACCCCAUGGCUCGGCCUCCCCUUCUUUGUUGUCAGCAUGCUACUCCUGCAGCUUACUUUGACGGAGGAGCGGGAGGUAGCUUCCAUGGUGCGCCUUGGGCAAGAUGUUGGGGAGGAACAUGAUGCCAUGGUGUUUAGGGACAAGAGCAUGGUGCAUGGUAGCGUGGAUGCUAAUAAGGACGGCGGAGGCGGCGGUGGAGAUUGCGGAGGUGGUGGUGGUGGUAAUGGAGGAGGAGGAGGAGGUGGUGGUUGCAACGGAGGGGGCGGUGGAGGAGGAGGAGGCUAUAGUCAUAAACGAGGUCAAGGUACUGAUGGUGGAGGUGAUGGUGACAAACGGAGAGGUAACUAUGGUGGAGGCACUGGCGGCCGUGGCGGCAGCCCUGGCAGCGAUAGCCGCAGCGGCAACGGAGGCGAUGAAAGUGGCGGAGGUGGUGGUGGUGGUGGUGGUGGAGGAGGAGGAGGAGGAGGUUGUGGUGGUCUUCUUUAG